AAAAGAAAAGAUUAAAAAUAUCGGCAUCCCAUCCAUCAUCUUCUUCUCCCUCUCCUUCGCAAGCAUAUUCUCCCGUCAAACCCCAAUCUAGAGUUGUGUGAGAAAACUUCGGAUCCCAAAUGAUGGAGGCUGGUGGCGGAAGCGGCGGCGGUGGGGAAACCCUAAAUCCAGAAACGCCAGCUUCCGUCGCAUCACGGUGGGGCUUCAUGGUAUCGCAGCGGUUCCAGCAUUUUCUGGACAAAUCGACCCCCCACAUGUUCUACCGUUGGAUCGCCUUCUUCGUCAUCGCCCUUGCUUACGCUAUCCGAGUUUACUUCGUUCAAGGCUUCUACAUCGUGUCGUAUGGUUUGGGAAUUUACAUUCUUAACCUCCUCAUCGCCUUUCUCUCUCCUCAGGUGGACCCCGAGAUCCAGGAACUCACUGAUGGUCCCACCCUCCCCACUCGCGGCUCCGAUGAGUUCCGCCCCUUUGUUCGCCGCCUCCCUGAGUUCAAGUUCUGGUACUCUCUAACAAAAGCCUUCUGCAUAGCUUUUGUCAUGACAUUUUCAAGUGUGUUUGAUGUUCCCGUUUUUUGGCCAAUACUCCUUUUCUACUGGGUUGUUUUAUUCACCCUCACCAUGAGAAGACAAAUACACCAUAUGAUCAAAUACAGAUAUGUCCCCUUCUCCUUCGGGAAAAAGUCUCAGCGUUAUGAUCGUAGGAAGCAUGCUGCAGAAGAAAGCGCCGCACUCGUCAGGGAUUGAUGUUUCAGGACAGUUUUAGGACUGGUAGCUACAGUUUUCCGGUGUUUGGUUCUAGCAGUUGAGAGGAUUCAUUGUCAUUCAUAUCUUUCAAGCAAGUAAGCUCCUUUUUACUGAUCUGACUGAAUCAAGGAGAGGCCGUUGAUGUUAUUCGUUUCUUUUUGACAUUACAAUUUUGUAUAGAGGGAAACAUCACAAAAAUUUCCUUGUAGGUUUGUAUCAAACAGGAAUUGUGAUUUUAUUUCUAUUCAAAAGCUUUGUAAUGGUUAAUGUUAGUUUGCUCUAUUGGAGAUGAAUGACACAUCUUUUAGUUUCCUCUACAA